AACCGCUCUAUGACCAUCCAUCCAUCCUGGCCUCCCCUUUUGUUCCUCUCUCCUCCCACCCCUGCAUCUGUGUGUGUUUGGGGGUGAGUCCAGUGCUGCUCUUUCAGCGUCCAAGACCGAGGGGAAUAAAGCCACGUUGCGUGAUAUUUCGGCCCAUAAGCAAAGAAGGCGCUUGAUUUGAGGGGAGGAGGGUGAAACCGGGAUCCCUGAGUGAUUGGUGGACUUGUUUUUUCUCGCUCUUUAAAAAAAAAAGCCUUGCGUCCCAUCGAGGUUACUGGACCUGGCUGGUCACAGGCGGCUGCACGGCUACUCAAUAAUGCAUUGAGUCAAAGUGUGGCGGAUGUCUGACAGCGGGAGAAAGUGGCACCCGUAAAGUGGACUUUGGACAGAACCAUGGUGAACACGGGGCUGCAACUGAUCAGCUUCACCUGCGCCGUGACGGGCUGGAUCAUGGCCAUAGCGGUGACCGCCCUGCCCCAGUGGAAGGUGUCGGCCUUCAUCGGCAGCAACAUCCUGACGUCGGAGGUCAAGUGGGAGGGCAUCUGGAUGAGCUGCGUGUACCAGACCACGGGCCACAUGCAGUGCAAGACCUACGACUCCAUGCUGGCCUUGCCGCCCGACGUCCAGGCGGCGCGCGCCCUCAUGUGCUUGGCCAUCUUCAUGGGCUGGCUCUCCUGCACCGUGUCCUGCUGCGGCAUGAAGUGCACCACCUGCGCCGGCGACGACCGCCAGGCCAAGGCGGGCAUCGCGCUCGCCGGCGGCAUCCUGUUCAUCGUGACGGGCCUGUGCGUGCUGGUGCCCGUGUCCUGGACGGCGCACACCGUGGUGCAGGAUUUCUACAACCCCAACGUGCCCGCCAUGCACAAGCGAGAGCUUGGGCAGGCCAUAUUCCUGGGCUGGGCCGCCGCCGUCAUUCUGAUGAUCAGCGGGGCGGUGCUGAGCAGCACGUGUCCCCUCGCGGAGAGGCGGGGCGGGUACCGCAGGGGCUACGUGGGCCGCAGCUUUGCUAAUUCCCCCACUUCUGCUCCCAAUUUACCCAAAACCAUCACGCCCACCAGCCUACCACUUAAAGAGUACGUGUAGGAGGAGAGCACGAUCACCGAUAUUUCUAUUCAUACGUAUUUGGCUUGA